GGAAUAGCUCCAGUGUGCGCGUGCUGUGGCGUGUGCGCGCAGUCUCCUCCAGCCGCGCGCUCUUUCGAUCUCAAUCUCAUCAAAUGAACGUUAUAGUGUCGUCCCGUUAGACGCUGAGCAGUCAUGGAGCACCCUGGAGAGUACCACAUGGUCCUGGGUCAGAUCCUGUCGGAGCUUAAGUCCAAACACCAGAGUGCGUCCCACCCAGAGCUGUGCCGCUGGCUGUGCUCGCGCUUCGACCUGGUGCACCUGGCUAAAGUGCGCAGUCUGCUCUUCCACACUGCCAGCCAGGACCCCUCCUUCCCCUCCACGCUCUUCAGAGACAGGAUGUGCUGCUCCUCAGUGGACCCCCACUACAAAAAACUCCAGGUGGCUGUGGAUAUCUUGUCCAUGUUUAAUCUUAUUCAGAACAGAAGCCCAGCCAAAGAGAGGCUGCCUAUGUCCCGGGCCCCCCUCCUCAAGAACCACUCUGUUGGGGGAUCAGAUUACUGUCCUCCGCACCCCCUCCAUGGCUCUGCCCACAGCCCCAAACCAGGGCCAGAGAGCAACCAGCACCAGUUCAUCCCUGCUUCUGAACCCAACUUCCUGCUCCGAGUCAAUAAAGACCUCAAAUGUAGAGCCGCUUCUCUGGACAAAUUGCACCCCUUGCCCCUCUACGGCCCUGGGACCCUAGGCCCCUCCUGUGAAAUGCAGAGUACAUAUUUCCCUAUGGAGGCUGACAGUGAAGCCAGCACAGAGCAGGAGUCCCUCUCACAGCCACAGUCGGGCCCCCAGGAGCCCCUCUCCACACGGUCCUGUGUCCACAAGAGGAAUAUCUUCAAGGAGGAUUUCCAUAACAUGUCGACUUUCUCUCCAAAGGUAAUCAGACAGGCCAGUGAGUGUGCAGAGGGUGUCCACCAGAGGGAUCUCCACAGACCUGCUGUGUUCUUUAACCAUAGUUUUGAACUGCCUUGUACCAAUCCAUACAUGGACCCAGGACUUAACUCCCCACUGGAAGAGCGACAGCGCGCCAAGCAUGAAAGUCUGGACGACCUCCAGGCCUCCACGUACUUUGGACCAAGCACCGUGUCCCAGAGCGUGAGUACCCGGAGGUUUACUGACAGAGAGCCCGAGAGCACCCAUAAGAGUAACACCAAAUCAGUCAGACCGACCCGGCCUGUGAAGAGCUUCAGCCUCAACACUGAGUAUGUGCCUUCACCCAGCACCAGGCCCAUGGCUACCAAGAGACCUCUCCGAAAUAUGCCAGCUGUUAAUGGGGACCGAGAGCCUUCUAUAACCACCUCUCCAGCUUUUACCAAGAAGGUCAGUGAUUUCAAAGGCCAAGAGUUGAUACCACUGAGCAAUGGGCCUGUAUGCGUGGAGAGAAAGGAGGGCAGGACAGUUGGCAGAGGCUUCCACAGAGGAGAGGUCUGCCCCAGUGUGGGCACUCAGACAGAUCAGGGCAGUGAGCCCAGGAGAUUGAGAAGCUUCAGCCGCACAGACUCAGAGAUGAUCAGUGACGACAUCAGUGACAUCUUCCGCUUUCUGGAUGACAUGAGUGUGUGCGACUCCCUGAACAUGGUCCAGUCCUCCUGUUACAACAGCACCGGCUCUCUGUCCCAACUCACUCUGAGGUCAGACAGCUCCCCUGAACGCAGCACAGUGCGCCUGGCUAAGUCCAGACUGGACAGCCUCUUCCACUCUUUGGACAAUAGUGAUGAUGAGCUCAAAUCCAAUGUGCACAGACUGGUUCAGAGGAUCGGAGAGAUAGAGAAGAAGCUGGAGUCUCUGUCAGGAGUCCGCUCUGAGAUCACACAGCUCCUGUCCAAACUCAACCAGCUGGACCACAAGGUCCACAAAGCAGACAGUGCUGACGGAACUGACCCUGCCCCCGCACACUCAGACACUCACCCUUCCCCUCAGGCAUUUCAGUACCACACCAUCGCACACUCUAAUGGACACUCCACUGGACACAUUGGUGGACACUCUACAGGCCAAUCCACUGGACACCUUAGAGCACACAUAGGUGGACAGACAGGUGGAGCUCCCAGUGGACAAACCAGUGGACAUUUAAAUGGACACACAGAUGUACACACCUCAGGUGGACAUACGCUGGGACACUCCACAGUACAUUUUACUGGACACACUAGUGGACAUUCUACUGGACUCACUGGUGGACACUCAAAUGGGCAUACUAGUGGACACUCAAAUGGGCAUACUAGUGGACACUCAAAUGGGCAUACUAGUGGGCACACUGGUGGACACUCAAAUCCUAACACUGGUGGACACACUAGUGGACACACUACUGGACACACCAUUGGACAUACUGGUGGACACUCUAAUGGACACACCGGUGUACACACUAAUGGACAUUCCAAUGGACACUCUAAUAAACAGCACAGCAUUGGUCACUCUCGUACAUUAGUGGAUUGGAGUAAUCCACAGGGGGCAUGGGGGAGCCCUGGGGAGAGCCUGGGGGUGAAGGCCCUGAAGAACAGUCUGAGGAGGUCUUCUCGCUCUCUGAACCAAGAGCCUGCCCCAGACUGGAGCACCACGGCCUACUGCACCGAGCGACCCCGCACCCACAGAGAGGUGCAGCAAGAGCACCCGUAUGAACUAUCCCGUGUGCGCAGAGGCUCCACAGACUUCCCCCCUCAGCCCUACACCCCGUCCCUGAAGAAGCACCUCCAGAGCCCCCCUGUGUACGCCGACAUGGACCCCCUGGUGAAAAGCAGCCCGGUAUACUCCGAACUGCGACUGGACACCACCCGCCUGCACCCGAACUGGAGUGCUGAGGGGUACUCCCGACACCCAGAGCAGAGGGCCAAGCAGCUCAAAACUCUCGACAUACAGGGUGGGGCAGCUCUGGACCCGGCCCACCUGGAGUACUGGCUGGAGGAUGUGUACACCCCCGGCUUCGACUCCCUCCUGCGAAGGAAACAGGCUGACCUCCGGAGGGCACGGGUGUGCAAGCUAGGUGCCCUCAUCGCUGCUGCCACGUGCACGCUCCUGUUGGUCAUCGUGGUCCCUAUCUGCACCAUGAGGACCUGA